AACAGAGUGUGAAAGUGAAGCACUUAAGGAGGGACGCUGCUUAUUAAUGAAUAACAGGCACAUUUCCAAUUUCCUGCUUUAGCUUUGAUUUAAAAGAAGGGACGAGAGUUUUGAAACACAAGUUUCGAAGAGAGAGAGGGAGAGCGAUCGAUAAAGGAAGACAGCUGGUGAUUGUUUGUGAUUCGCACCUUCACCCGCGGCAAGACUGUUGGAUAUCAGCUGAAGAUCUUCUGUUGCAGAUUGACUGACCCUCAAAAUGACACAUUCUUUGAGAGAAGUGUUUAAAGAGUACAUGUCAGAGCGGCGGAUUCGAAAGAGUCGCCUUGUGAACAAAGAUGGCCGCUGCAACAUUGAGUACGGCAACGUGAUGCACAAAAACCGCUUCGCCUACCUCCUAGACAUAUGGACCACCUUUGUGGAGACCCGAUGGCGAUAUGUGAUCUUGCACUUCGUGGCUUCUUUCACACUCAGCUGGUUCAUCUUUGGCCUGGUUUGGUACUGGAUCGCCCGAAACAAUGGUGACCUCACAUGGCAGAAUCCACCCGAAGACCACGUAUCAUGUGUGGCGAACGUCAUGUGCCUGACCACGGCAUUUCUCUAUUCGUUGGAGACCCAGACCACCAUUGGCUACGGUAACAGAUACGUCACAUAUCUCUGUCCCGGAGCCGUCACGCUGAUCAUAAUUCAGUCUCUUAUGGGCGCCAUUAUCAACUGUUUCUGGUGUGGUGUGAUCAUGACAAAGAUCGCCCUACCCAAAAAGAGAGCCAAGACUAUACAGUUCAGCGAGUCUGCAGUGAUCUGCCCCAAAAAGGGCACCCUCUGUCUUCAGAUCCGCGUGGCCAAUCUUCGCAAGACCCUGAUGAUCGGCAGUCAGAUUUAUGGCAAGCUGCUGAGGACGACGGUCACACAGGAGGGUGAAACUAUCAUCCUGGACCAGGUCAAUAUUGACUUCACGGUGGACGCUGGCAUGGACAAUCUGUUUUUCGUUUGUCCGCUAACCCUGUACCACGUGAUCGAUAAAGCAAGUCCAUUCUAUGAAAUGGCGGUGGACACUUUACAUCAGCAGGAGUUUGAGCUUGUGGUCUUCCUGGAUGGGACAGCCGAGUCCACCAGCUCCUCCUGCCAGGUCCGGACUUCUUACAUCCCCCAGGAAAUCAUGUGGGGUUACGACUUCCUCCCUAUCAUCUCCCGCAGCAAAGAGGGAAAAUACCGGGUGGACUUUUCCAACUUCUGCAAAGUGGUGGCCGUGCCAACUGCCCAUUGCUCUCGUUGCUACCACAAUGAGGCAGGGCAUCAUCACCACUCGAUAACUGGCAUUGAAAACCAGGGCUUUGAGGUGAUUGACAUUGAUGUACCCACCAAUACCAAAAUGUAA